AUGGCCGAUGAAUUCGGGUUUGUUCCCCAUUUUUCCAGGAACAAACACACCCGACAUCAGUUCAAACCGAAGCCCUUUAGCGACUAUGAUAUCGACGUCAAAAUCACCGCCUGCGGAGUGUGCGGCUCAGAUGUUCAUACGGUUACUGGAGGAUGGGGUAAUAAGAAUUGGCCUAUCGUACCUGGCCAUGAAAUAAUCGGCGAGGCUGUUCGCGUCGGGCCGAAAGUCACCACGGUCAAGGUCGGAGACCGUGUUGGGGUUGGCGCUCAGAUCUAUGCCUGCCUCGACUGCGCUAUUUGCAAGGAGGAUGGCCUCGACACAGAACUCGCGGCGCCCAUGCUCUGUGCUGGUCUAACGGCGUACUCUCCUCUCGUUCGCAAUGGUGUCGGCCCUGGAAGGAAGGUAGGCAUUGUAGGAAUUGGCGGGAUUGGUCAUUUCGGUAUUCUCUUUAGCAAGGCACUCGGCGCUGAGACCUGGGCUAUCUCCCGCACGGACGGCAAGAAGGCAGACGCGCUUGCCAUGGGCGCUGAUGGCUUCCUUGAAACCCGCGUUGACGAUUGGAACAAGCCCCACCAGAUGACCUUCGAUGUGAUUCUCUCUACCGCCAGCGGCGACGAAGGCUUCGAUCUCAGUCCAUAUCUCUCCCUUCUCCGCGUGCACGGCAAAUUCGUUGCUGUUGGGCUUCCGGAAGGGGAAGGUUGGAAGGUGAAGCCCCAGAGCUUGCUCGGAAAUGGCUGCUUCAUUGGAAGUAGCCACCUGGGUAGUAGGGAGGAGACAUUAGAUAUGCUAAGGCUGGCAGUAGAAAAGGGAAUCAAAAGCUGGGUCGAGACGAUUCCCGUCAGUGAAGAGGGCUGUGGCAAGGCUUUGGAACGUGUGCAUAAGAACGACGUCAAAUAUCGGUUCACAUUGAUAGAUUACGAUAAGCAGUUUAAUAAUUAG